AUGCCACCAGUAGAUUCAAUACCGCCAGGUCCAGAUACUGUGCGUAUUCUACUCACUACUGAUAAUCAUGUUGGCUACUUGGAUAGCGACCCUAUUAGGGGAAACGACUCGUGGAUUACAUUCCAAGAAAUCACUCGCUUAGCUAAAACACACGACGUGGACAUGAUGGUGCAAGGUGGAGAUCUAUUUCAUGUAUCACGCCCAUCAAAGAAGGCUUUGUAUCAUGUUAUCCAGGCAUUGCGGCUCAAUUGUCUCGGUGACAGACCAUGUGAGUUAGAACUCUUGAGCGACCCUUCUUUGGCGUUACGAGCCAGUGAGACGGUCAAUUACGAAGACCCGAAUCUCAACGUCGCUGUUCCGAUGUUUGCAAUUUCAGGUAAUCAUGAUGAUGCCACCGGUGAGGGUCUUUUGUCGCCUUUGGAUGUUAUGGCUGCAACAGGGCUUGUGAACUACUUUGGACAGGUGCCAUUGCAAGACAAACUCCAGGCGACUCCGCUCGUAUUCCAAAAGGGCUCGUCUAAAUUAGCUCUAUAUGGUAUCAAUAAUGUGCGCGAUGAACGUCUACAACGCAUCAUGCGCAGUGGAAAUAUGACCUUCCAACGGCCUGCAAACAAUUCGGAUUUCUUCAACCUUCUUUGCAUACACCAAAAUCACCACAGGCGAUCUAUGACGUCUUAUGUUCCUGAAGACUUCCUCCCGCUGUUUCUUGACUUUGUAUUCUGGGGCCAUGAGCACGAGUGUAUUCCGUUCCCUCAAUAUAAUCCCACCACUGGGUUUGAUACUCUACAAGCAGGAUCUUCUGUUGCCACUUCGUUGAGUGAAGGCGAGACUGCCAAGAAGUUUGUUUUCAUCCUAGAUAUCAAGGGCACAGACUAUGCGAUAACACCAAUUCCAUUGCAAACAGUGCGGCCAUUCGUGAUGGAAGACGUAUCCCUCAAAGAUGAAGGCUUCAUGGAGGGCCCCGCAUCAAAGUCCGAUAUCGCCGAUUUUCUUUUCGAAAAAGUAAACGAGCUCAUCGCGGAGGCGAAAAAUCUGUACAAAGCCGCCGGCGGCACCGAUGAAGACAUCCUCCCUCUAAUCCGACUUCGAGUUGAUCACACGGGCGACUAUGAAAUUGAAAAUGCUCGGCGGUUCUCCAACAAAUUUGUCGGAAAGGUCGCAAAUGUAAACGACAUCAUUCAUUAUUUUACCAAGAAAGUACCUGAAAGACAAGCUGGGAGCACAAAGGUCGUAGAUCUGAAACUACAACUUGAAGCAUCUCAAAAGGUUACAAUUCAACAACUACUUAAAGAGCAUCUAGGAGAAUCAAGCUUGCAUCUUGUGCCCGAAGAUGGGAUGUUUGACGUCACAAGAAAAUUCAUUGAGCAGGACGACAAACAAGUUUUUCUGGAUUUUGUCAAACAGACAAUAGAAAACGCAACCUCCUCCUUACUUGAUGUGGAUCUCAAAGAAGAUGAGUUGCAGUUAGAUGACGGUGAUAAUGUCAAAAAAUCUUUCAGAGAAUUGUUAACAAAGCUCAAAAUCGAUUCGAAAAAAGAAGACUCUGAUACAUUGCCUCCAUUAAAAGAGCUACCACUGAGAACUUCCACCAAAGUGCAAGUCAAGAAAACCCCCGAAUCGACCCCAGCGCCUACCUCUCGUGGCCGUUCUCAGGCAAGAGGUGCGUCUACCAAAUCCAAGGCGGUUGUAGUCUCCGAGGAUGAUGGAGAGUCUGAUCCGGAGAUACUCAGUGAUUCAGAAGAUGAUAUUGUGGACUCCGAUCUGGAAGAUGAAGCAAAUAACUAUGUAACUGCAAGCUCAAGACCAACAAGGGCCAAAACUCCGGCAAAGAAAGCAUCUGUUAAAAAGACCUCAAAACCAGCAGCACCUAAAAAACAACCUCGGGUUCUGAAGGCGCCUGCAAAGAAGCCUUCUACGCGCAAGGCGGCUUCCUCAGACAACCAUCUUCUUGACGAUCUACUAAGUCUUGGAUAA